UCCUCUUCCUCAGUGAAGGCAGCAGCAGCAGGAGGAAGAUGACUUCUUUGCGGCCGUUUACCUGCGAUGAUCUCUUUAAAUUCAACAACAUAAAUUUGGAUCCACUCACAGAGACGUAUGGGAUCCCGUUCUACCUGCAGUACCUGGCCCACUGGCCCGAGUACUUCAUCGUUGCCGAGGCGCCGGGCGGCGAGCUGAUGGGCUACAUUAUGGGGAAGGCGGAGGGAUCCGUGGCCCGGGAGGAGUGGCACGGUCACGUCACGGCUCUGUCCGUGGCUCCGGAGUUCAGACGCCUCGGCCUCGCCGCCAAACUCAUGGAGAUGCUGGAGGAGAUCUCAGAGAGGAAGGGCGGAUUCUUCGUGGACCUGUUUGUUCGGGUGUCCAACCAGGUGGCGGUGAACAUGUACAAACGUCUGGGCUACAGCGUCUACAGGACGGUCAUCGAGUAUUACUCGGCGAGUAACGGCGAGCCGGACGAAGACGCCUACGAUAUGAGGAAGGCGCUGUCCAGGGACACGGAGAAGAAGUCCAUCAUCCCGCUGCCGCACCCCGUCAGACCCGAGGACAUCGAAUAACGGCCCGUGGCUCUCUGACCGCCGCGCUCCUCCUGCCGGACGUCAGAGAGCCGCUGAACGUACAAAACCUUUGACCUGCUGCAAACUUGAAUGA